CAAGAGAGGAGCAAGGCCACCUUUGGGUGCGACUCACAACUUGCGCGGCGCCCGACUCCCCCGACAUAUAUGCGCGCUGCAGCCUCGGCCGGCAUCGCGCGCGAGGACUCGCUCCAGUCGGUCUCCAGCGCGCUGCUCGCGCUCCUCGACGAGGGGCCGGCGCCCGACCCGGAUGCCGGCGAGGUCCUCUCCUUUGACGGCCACAUCGAGGGCGCCUCGUGCAGGCUGACCCCCGUGCGAUGCGGCCUGCACGACGACAUGCUGACUGUUCGCCCUGGGUGCAGCGGCAACCCGCUAGCCCUGACGCGCUCGUACACGUUGUGCGACUCAAAGUGGAUCACGGGCUUCCUCCCGUACUUCAUCACCACCUAUGAGACCGGCGAGGUCGAGUGGGAUGGAAAGGUCUUUGAGAUGCCACUACUGCACGCGUCAGGGCGCCAGGCUUGGUUUCGGGUCACGGUCUCGGUGGACAGGGGUGACCCGAGCGGCUUCCGUGCCGUUGCUCGCUCCAUCAGCCCCGACGCGUGCUUUGCCUCAUCGCUGCAGUCGUCGCUGUCGUUUGGCGCCAGCCUCGACGGCCGCGAGUCGCCCCUUUCCGUCAGCCUCGGGGAGGAUGCGCCCAUGGGGUGGAGUCUACUGACCAUCGAGUCGAUUGUAGAGGCCACCGUCGGAUCCUCGAACGCUCCGGGCCCCGCGGCCAAGGCCGGCUGGUCGGCGGAGGAGGAUGAGAUCAUCAUGCGCGCCGUCUCGAAGAUCGGGACCAUCUGGAGGAAGAUCGCCUUGAUGCUGCCUCCCUUGAACGACCGCGGCGACCGCCGCACCAAUCACGCCGUUCGCAACCGCUGGCUGCGGCUUGAGAAGCGGAAGGACAAGGAGCCGGCAGUUUGCGAUAUUCCUCUUUUGGGAGCGGCACCGGCAUCGGCAGACCGAGGCGGCGACAUGUGGUCGCCACAGGAGGACAAAGCCAUUGACGAGGGGGUGCGAGAUGGCCUCUGCUGGAAGGCCAUCGCCGCCACGCUCUGUGGCCGCUCCGCCAGCUCGUGCCGUAGCCGCUGGCUGCGGGAGCGGAAAAGGCAGCUUGCUGCAAUGGGAGUGGCGGCGAAGAACGCGGGCGAGAUCUUUGCAGAGUCCCGCCGCAUCGGGCUCCACUUGCCCGAUCGAUCCGAUAAGAAGGCGGGUGCCGCUGCGAGCGGGCCGCCGAGCAAGGCUCUGAUCCCGACGCCGGUCGCGAUCGACACGGCCGUGACGCUCAGCAAGUCCACGGGCAGCCUCUCGCAGAUCGCAGAGUACAUGACCAGGCUGCUCGCCUUGGGGUGCAGCGGGAAGCCGCUCACCGACCGGUAUUCGCUGCUGUUUGCCGUCCACGUCGUGAUCGACGUCGCCGAGGCGCAAGACUGCCACGGCCUGAAUGCCUUUGCGAUGCAGUCGGCGUGCCAGCUCGGCUUCCCAUUGAGCGCCGUGAAGCCCAAGGAGGGGCCGAUUACCUGCUCCUCGCCGCUGCGAGUCGCCGUCCCAAACGCCGUCUCAGACCUCUUCUACUCGCCCUGCAUGGUCAGCGUGCGUACACUGUCGGGCUCCAACCUCGAGGCGAGGCGGCUCGUCGACGAUGUGCUCGGGAUGCACGACGGGGCGGGCGCGCAGCAAGGCCCAACCCCGAACCAGCACUUUGCCGAGUACGUGACCGCGCUCGGCGGCGACGGGAUCCCAGACCUGUGGUCCAAGCCCGGCAAGCUCCUCGAGCUCUUCUUCGAUAACGUCCCCGAUCGCCAGCGAUUCGCGCGUCUGUUCUCUGAGGCGCUGAGCGCCCCGCUGACGCCGAUCGACUCGUUGUGCAAAGUCGGCCAGACGCAGGCCGACAGCCCUUUCAUGCUGGCGCUGAAGCGGGACAGCAAGUAUGUCCACGCCCUCUCGGCGCUGGGAGUCCCACUCUCGCCGGGGGACGACGACUCCGAGGUGGUCGUUCCUCACACGGCCUUCAUCCGGCGCUGCGUCACGAGCGCCGCCACCUUUGUGGUGCACGUGCUCUCGCCGUUCGGGCCCGGCGGAGCGGGGCGCUUCGACUUUGAGAUCGACAGCCUCGUGCAGCGCAAACGCCUCCGAAGGCCUUCGAUAGAGCGCGCCUACGACGAGCCGGGGACAGACCGCACGGCUCUGGGCAGCAAGGCGGCGAGGGUAGACUCCUCUGGCAACACCUGCACGCCUCCCCUGCGCACCGACGUCAGGCUCAUGGCGUAAUCUCUGCGGACUGCGCUGUCGGGCUACGCUCACCCCUCAUGGGAGGCGUCACAUCCCGCGGGCUGCGUUGUCGGGGUCGCACCGCGCCGGGCCAUACGCAUCGGCAAUGUGUCUAUUGCAAUAGAGCCGUUCGCCGCGGCACCCCUCAUGCCUCAAUCUCGUCUUCUCGUGACAGCGAGUAGAGAACCGUUCCUCUCUAGCUCUCUUAUCUGCCCGAGGCGCGGCACAAUCUGCGCAGGUAUACCUAGCUUAAGUGUGCAGUCUCGGUGUACACUGAUGUUUAUUGCGCGUUAAAUCUCAGACAAGAUUUCAAUUAA